AUGGGCACCCGCGACGACGAGUACGAUUACCUCUUCAAAGUUGUGCUCAUUGGAGACUCUGGAGUAGGCAAGAGUAACCUCCUGUCUCGAUUCACUCGCAAUGAGUUUAACUUGGAGAGCAAAAGCACCAUUGGAGUAGAGUUUGCAACAAGAAGCAUUCAAGUUGAUGGGAAGACGAUCAAGGCUCAGAUAUGGGACACAGCAGGGCAGGAGCGAUACCGCGCUAUAACAUCCGCGUACUAUCGAGGUGCUGUAGGGGCCUUACUGGUGUACGACAUCGCGAAGCACCUCACCUAUGAGAACGUGGAGCGAUGGCUGAAGGAGCUGAGAGACCACGCUGACAGCAAUAUUGUGAUCAUGCUGGUGGGAAACAAGAGUGACUUGCGCCACCUGAGAGCAGUCCCUACAGAUGAAGCCAGAGCUUUUGCAGAGAAGAAUGGUUUGUCAUUUAUUGAGACAUCUGCUUUAGACUCUACAAAUGUGGAAGCAGCUUUCCAGACUAUUCUGACAGAGAUCUAUCGUAUUGUUUCCCAGAAGCAAAUGUCCGACAGACGUGAAAAUGAUAUGUCUCCAAGCAACAAUGUGGUUCCCAUUCAUGUCCCUCCAACCACUGAAAACAAACCAAAGAUGCAGUGCUGUCAGAAUAUAUAA